AAAGUCUAAUUUUAUAGUUAAAAUUUUUAAAACUGACAAUUUGCAUUGUAAUAAUAGGAAAUUAACUGGAAAAGAAACAUCAAAAUAAUUACCUAUACGAUGUUAGACCUUACAUAAUACAUCAUCGUCAUAGUCUUAUGCUCUAAACGUUCAGGUCAAAGGCUAUCGCUAUCGUAAAACUGCGACUACAAAAUAAAAUAAGGGAAAAGGAAAAGACUAAUAUUCGUAAGGACAUAAUAUAUCUUUUUGAGAAGUAUUUAUAAAAUGCAGUUCAAAAAAGUCACUCAUGUAUUGUUCGAUUUAGACGGAUUACUACUGGAUUCUGAAAUAUUAUACACUGAAGCCUUUACUAAUGUUUGUGCUAAGUAUGGAAAAACCUUUACCUGGGAAAUCAAAGCUAGCCUCUUGGGAUUCCAAGGUCAUGAAUGUGCUGAAAAAAUAAUUAAGACAUUGGACCUACCGAUUACCAAGGAGGAAUUUAUGAAGCAGAGUUUCCAAUAUUAUGAGGUACUGUUCCCUAAAGUGCAGCUUAUGCCAGGAGCUCAAAAGCUAGUAGAACACUUGCAUGGGAAAGGAGUUCCAAUAGCUCUGGCCACUAGCUCCAGCAAGGACAGUGUGGAUAUGAAGAUGCAGAACCACCAGGAGUUCUUGAGUCUUUUCCAACACCUUACUAUGGGAUCCACUGAUCCAGAGGUCACUAAGGGCAAACCAGACCCUGCCAUAUUCCUAGUCUGUGCAUCUCGAUUUCCUGAUAAGCCAAAACCAGAAGAAUGCCUUGUGUUUGAAGAUGCUGUAAAUGGCAUAAAAGCUGCAAAUGCUGCCAACAUGCAAGUGGUAGCUGUGCCUGAUCCUCGCAUUGAGGCUGAACAACUGCAGACUGCUACUUUGGUUCUGAAGUCUUUGGAGGACUUCAAACCUGAGUUAUUUGGUCUUCCAGCUUACGAUAAUUAGGAUAAUUUGUGUUAUAAGUACUUGUUGGUGCUUGUAUGUAAAUAUUGUCAAUUUGUCAAUCAACAUAUUGUUUUUGAUCAGUACUUAUUAUUUUAGUUACAACUACUUAAGUAAUAUUUUUUUGGUGUCACAUUGUUAAUUGAUAAACAUUUAAUGUUUUUCAAUAUGUAUAGUAUAAAAUACAGACAGUAUUACACCUCUUACAAGUACCUGAAUAUGUUAAACAUUGACCUCGAUAAUAUAUAUCUAGUCAUAUUUGAAAUAAAAAACAGAACUGCACAGCACCA